AUGGCUGGGUCGGGGCAAGGGGCGGAGUUUCACUUCUCCGCGCUCUAUAUAAGCCAGCAGGGGCCGCGAAAGACCGCGGCUAGUGACCUUCAGUGCCCAAAGCCUAACGCCAUGGCGCCUUCCAGGAAGUUCUUCGUUGGGGGUAACUGGAAGAUGAACGGGAGGAAGAAGAACCUGGGGGAGCUCAUCACCACCCUGAACGCAGCCAAGGUGCCAGCCGACACCGAGGUGGUGUGCGCAGCCCCCACUGCCUACAUUGACUUCGCCCGCCAGAAGCUGGAUGCCAAGAUUGCUGUGGCCGCCCAGAACUGCUACAAAGUGGCUAACGGGGCCUUCACCGGGGAAAUUAGCCCUGGCAUGAUCAAGGACUGCGGAGCCACGUGGGUGAUCCUGGGCCACUCUGAGAGAAGGCAUGUCUUCGGGGAGUCAGACGAGCUGAUUGGGCAGAAGGUGGCCCAUGCCCUGGCAGAGGGGCUUGGGGUGAUUGCCUGCAUCGGCGAGAAGCUGGAUGAGAGGGAAGCUGGCAUCACUGAGAAGGUCGUUUUUGAGCAGACCAAGGUCAUCGCAGAUAAUGUGAAGGACUGGAGCAAAGUCGUCCUGGCCUACGAGCCCGUGUGGGCCAUCGGAACCGGCAAGACGGCAACGCCCCAACAGGCCCAGGAAGUACAUGAGAAGCUCCGAGGAUGGCUCAAAUCCAACGUGUCAGAUGCAGUAGCCCAGAGCACCCGCAUCAUUUAUGGAGGGUCUGUGACUGGAGCAACCUGCAAGGAGCUGGCCAGCCAGGCAGAUGUGGACGGCUUCCUUGUGGGAGGCGCCUCCCUCAAGCCCGAGUUCGUGGAUAUCAUCAAUGCCAAGCAAUAGGCCCAGCCACUAUCCCUUGCCCGCGCUGCCAAGCCAACACCUACUAGGACAGCCCAGAAGAAGCCCAGCCAUGGCCCCUCCUCUGCACGCGCUUCCAGUGGUGUCCCAAUCUUGCCCUUCCCUCGCCAUUCCCAUCUCCCCUUCGUCGUGGUCGGGACCAGGCCAAAUACUUGUCCACUUACUGUAAUGGUUAGAACUCAACAUGUCACCCAGCUGGUUCCUCCUCAGUUGAGGAGGGGGCACUUGCUCCUUGAUCCCCAGGAGCCCCAGCGAGGGCAGGAUGCCACCUCCCCCAUGGUGCCGACCGCCUGUGCGUGUUGUGAGCCACCCGGCUUGUGGGUGAGGGAAAUAAAACAGCCAGCAGAGA